GCCGCCUAGGAAGGAAGUUUUUUUUACAUUUCUGCCGAUAGACCCCUUCUGAGAGGCAGACACACCGUGUCCAGCAACGUUAAACAGAAAAGAAGCCCAAAAUUAUUGAGCCAAGAUUCCUGAGUUGUUCACAGUAUGAGUAGCUGCUGCAUCUUUUGGCCCCGAGGAAUGAUGGAGACACCACUCCACAAGGCUCUACUGAAAAGGCAAGUGACCGCCAUUGUCUUUAUGUUACUAUUGUGGGAGGCAGGCAGUGCGACCAUUAAGUAUUCGGUUCUAGAGGAAACAGACAGGGGUUCUUUGGUGGGCAACCUAGCAAAAGAUUUGGGAUUGGGCUUAAGGGAUCUGGUCACCAGGGGCGCUCAGAUUCUUAACAAAGGGAACAAACAGCUCUUGCAGCUGGAACAGAAGAGUGGAAAUUUGGUUCUGAAAGAAAAAUUGGAUCGGGAGGAGUUAUGUGGGACCAUGGAGCCAUGCAUCCUACAUUUUCAGGUGUUACAAAGCCCAGUGCAAUUUAUUCAAGGGGAAAUACAGCUCCGAGAUGUUAACGAUCAUGCCCCAGAAUUCCUGCAAGAUGAAAUUCUCCUUAAAAUCGUGGAAAGCAGCCAUCCAGGGGCCAAGUUUCCAUUGAAAAUAGCUCAAGAUUUGGACGUGGGUAGCAACACGGUUCAGAACUAUACCAUCAGCAUCAACUCCUAUUUCCACCUUCUCACCCGCAAUCACAACGAUGGCAGGAAAUACCCUGAGCUGGUGCUGAACAACGCACUGGACAGGGAGAAGCAGGCAGAGGUUAGACUAACACUCACAGCUCAGGACGGUGGGUCACCCCCAAAGACUGGGACUACCCAGGUUCUCGUCAUGGUUCUGGACAUUAAUGACAAUGCCCCAGAAUUUGCCCAAGGGCUCUAUGAGGUGCAGGUACAAGGGGAACAGCCCCGUGGGCUCACUUGUCCUCACUGUGUCCAAAAAGAUUUAGACGCUGGGACAAAUGGGGAGCUGUCCUACUCUUUUCAAGCUUCAAAUCAAGUUCUUCAGGCUUUUGAAAUAAAUACAGACACCGGAGAAAUUAGAAUAGGAAAACCAUUGGACUUUGAGGAAAUUCAGUCUUAUCACAUGGAAAUCGAGGCCUCUGAUGGGGGAGGUCUUUCAGGAAAAUGCACGGUAGUAAUAGAUGUGACAGAUGUAAAUGACAACGCGCCUGCACUCAGCAUGUCAUUGCUUAUCAGUGACAUUCAGAAAAACGCUCCUGAAACUGUAGUGGCGAUCUUUGGAAUUUCAGAUCCAGACUCUGGAGAGAACGGGAAAAUGGUUUGCUCCAUCCAAGACCAUCUUCCCUUCCUCUUGAAACCUACUGAAGAACAUUUCUACACCUUGGUAACAGAAGGAGCUCUGGACAGAGAGAGCAGAGCUGAGUACAACAUCACCAUCACAGUCACCGACAUGGGCACACCCAGGCUCACAACCCAGUACACCAUAACAGUGCAGGUGUCCGAUGUCAACGACAACGCCCCCGCCUUCACACAAACCUCCUACACCCUGUUUGUCCAGGAGAACAACAGCCCCGCCCUGCACAUAGGCACCAUCAGCGCCACAGACUCAGACUCAGGCUCCAAUGCCCACAUCACCUACUCGCUGCUGCCCACCCACGACCCGCAGCUGGCCCUCUCCUCGCUCAUCUCCAUCAAUGCAGACAACGGACAGCUGUUUGCGCUCAGGGCUCUGGACUAUGAGUCCCUGCAGACCUUCGAGUUCCACGUGGGCGCCACUGACCAAGGUUCGCCUGCACUCAGCAGCCAGGCUUUGGUGCAUGUGCUUGUGCUGGAUGCUAACGACAAUGCGCCCUUCGUGCUCUACCCGUUGCAGAAUGCCUCUGCCUGCACUGAGCUGCUGCCCAGGGCGGCAGAGCCAGGCUACCUAGUCACCAAGGUGGUGGCAGUGGAUCGCGAUUCUGGCCAGAAUGCCUGGCUGUCAUUCCAACUACUCAAGGCCACAGAGCCAGGGCUGUUCAGCGUGUGGGCUCACAAUGGCGAGGUGCGCACCUCCAGGCUGCUGAGUGAGCGCGAUGCUCCCAAGCACAGGCUGCUGCUGCUGGUCAAAGACAAUGGCGAUCCUCAGAGGUCUGCCAGUGUCACUCUGCAUGUGCUGGUGGUGGAUGGCUUCUCUCAGCCCUACCUGCCUCUGCCCGAGGUGGCACAGGAACCCGCACACGACGAAGAUGCACUCACGCUGUAUCUGGUCAUUGCCUUGGCUUCUGUAUCUUCUAUCUUCCUCUUGUCUGUGCUGUUGUUCGUGGGUGUGAGGCUGUGCAGGAGGACCAGGGCGGCCUCUAUGGGUGGUUGCACAGUGCCUGAGCGACACUUUCCUAGCCACCUAGUGGAUGUCAGUGGGGCAGGAACCCUGUCCCAGAGCUACCAGUAUGAGGUGUGUCUGAUGGGAGGUACUGGGACAAAUGAAUUCAAAUUCCUGAAGCCGGUCAUCCCCAGUCUUCAACUUCACGAAACCAGUUCUAAUAUGCAAGAAAAGGAAAACUUUACGGAUAGUCUUGGAUUUAAUAUACAAUGAAAAUCUCCUUUAAAGUCUUAAU